AAGGGACGAUAAAAAUAAAAGAAAAAGGAAAAAGCACCCGUAGAAUUGUCGACCAGAAAUCGGGGGGAGGCGGACAGUUGUCGGGGACCGCGUCGCACCGGCCACACGCCCCGCCUCGGCGCCUCCGCCGCUCGGCCCAUGUCCACAAAAAGAAACCGAGGGAGGGCGUGACCGUGCAGAACACGACGGAACCCUUGAAACCCCCCACGUCCAACGUCCAAUCCUUCCGAUUUCGGUUUCAUCCUCAUCCGCAAUCCUCAGCAUUCCGUGUCGGGAAGCCCUUACACCUCGAUCUACAUGGCGGGGGCUUCGGAUCUUGCGGUGUCGCGCGGGUGGGGGCGGGGCUGGACGGUCGCUGGUGUGGGGAAAGGGUCGGGUGUUCGUGCUGUUGCGCUUCUCGAUCCGAGCGCUAGAUGUAGGGUUCCGGUCCGUCUUCAGGAUUACACAUGCCAUGUUGGUCGAUUUUCUCUACAUGAUCCAAAGAUAAAAUAUGCUUCAUCUCAUCGAAGAUUACAUGCGCGCAUGGCGUUAGUUGAUGAUAAAAUUGUUCACCCACCUAAUGUUGUGAAACCUAACUUAGCGCUGGCAUAUGAUCUGGUCCAAGGAAGCCUUGUAAGUUGGAAUUCUUUUACGGACAAGUCAAUACCUGAUCCACCAACUGCUGUUCUCCUGCAUGGAAUUCUUGGUUCCAGGAAGAACUGGGGGUCUUUUGCUAAGAGAUUGGCGCAAGAGUUUCCGACGUGGCAGUUUCUUUUAGUUGACUUGCGUUGCCAUGGUGAAUCGGCAUUGAUAAAGAAAAAUGGGCCUCAUACUGUUGCCUCAGCUGCACUUGACGUUUUAAAGCUUGUUGCACAACUUAGAGUGACACCUCGUGUCUUAGUUGGUCACAGCUUUGGCGGAAAAGUGGCCUUAAGUAUGGUAGAACAAGCUGCAAAACCUCUUGCUAGACCUGUCAGGGUUUGGGUUCUUGAUGCUACUCCCGGGAAGGUUCGAGCUGGAGGAGAUGGUGAAGAUCAUCCUGGAGAAUUGAUUGCUUUUUUGAGUAUGAUGCCAAGGCAGGUCUCUUCAAAGCAGAAUGUUGUAGAUGCUCUGAUUCAGGAGGGAUUUUCUACAGACAUUGCCCGGUGGAUGGCCACAAAUCUCCGGCCAGUUAGUCAACCUGGUUCACCAUCAUCAGGCUUCUCAUGGAUUUUUGACCUCAAGGGCAUUGCUGACAUGUACAAGUCCUACGAAGAAACAAAUUUAUGGGAAACCGUGGAAAAUGUCCCUCGUGGUGUUCAUGUGAAUUUUUUGAAGGCUGAGAGAAGCUUACAUAGAUGGGCUCUUGAAGAUCUUCGAAGAAUUCGUGCUGCAGAAGAAUUGGCUGCAGAUGAGGGAGCUGGGGUUCAGCUACAUGUUCUUGAAGAUGCUGGUCACUGGGUGCAUGCUGACAACCCUGAUGGGCUCUUUAGGAUCCUCUCGUCUUCCUUUCUGGGAUUGAGAACACAAUAGCAGGAACUCACAUGAUUGUAUCAAAAUGGUCACCUUGGGGAGCAACACUGGUAGGCUAUUAGUAUGACUUUUAUGAGUUUUCGCAUUGACAAUGUUUUCCUCAUCUGCAUGAUUUAAUUGAUUAAUAUAUCUUUUCUUCAUCCUUACCUUUUAGUUUGCAUUUUGUAACAUGUUUGCUACUAAUGAUAGUUGUUCAUUGUAUACACACCUUUUUGGUUGGUUCAGAAACAACUUAUGAUAUAUUAAAUUCCUUUUCGGC